CAGAAUGCUCGGUGGGGCAAGGAUGACCCCACCGGACUCGCCGCCUCACUAUUGGAGGAUCCCACCGACCCACUACCAGACCGUCAUCCAGCACACUCCUCUCAAAGCUGAUUACAGAGGCUAUACACCUCUCUUGCCUUAUUUAUGGCCUCCUGGAUUGUUCGUGCCCUAUUCCCCGACUCCUCAAGAACCAGAAGAUCUUUCACCUGAUCGUGCUGGAUCUGACUCAGGAGCCACACCUGAGAAAGCCAGAAUAGAUCUGUCUGCUGAUGAAGAGGAGAUGCCCCUGAACCUCUGUAUAAGGCAGAAAAAACAGGAAAUAUGGUCUCCGGGAACACUGUGUGAAGACAAGCAACCUUCUAGUGCUUCUCCACAUCUACGUCUCACCCCUCAUCCUCAGGAACGGUCUUUUCUGUGCAAGCAGUGCGGCAAGACGUUCAAGCGCUCCUCGACCCUCUCGACCCACCUCCUCAUCCACUCGGACACGCGGCCGUACCCCUGCCAGUACUGCGGCAAGAGGUUCCACCAGAAGUCCGACAUGAAGAAGCACACCUACAUACACACCGGUGAGAAGCCGCACAAGUGCAUCGUGUGUAGCAAGGCGUUCUCGCAGAGCUCCAACCUAAUCACGCACAUGCGCAAGCACACGGGCUACAAGCCGUUCGCCUGCGGCCUCUGCGAAAAAGCCUUCCAGCGGAAGGUGGACUUGCGAAGGCACCGCGAGAGCCAGCACCCCUCCGCAGACACAACAUCUGAGCUCCCCUAGCCUGCUCCUCAACGUCUUGGAUCACAUUUUACGCCUUUCAAAUCUGUAUUGACUAUUUCGAACAAAUAAAUUACCUUGGUCGCCACCUUUACAAUGUAGAUAUACCUAUGAUGGGUGUGUAAAGGCCAUAUCUGACCGGAAUAAGAUAAUCAAGAAUGUUAACAAGACUACCAUUGUAGAUUUGUUACACAUGUUAAAAGUCCAUUUUUUAGAUGUAAGGAUACAGAAAAGGUUUUUUUUCCUUCCCUAGUCGUUAAUUGUAGAUAAAAUUAUUCAACGAAGUUGAUGUCUGUAGAAAAAUAACACAAUGUGAACCGGUUAUAUCAUUUCGCCAGAAACUGACUUCGUACUCGACGAUCGCAGUUCAUUUAUUUACCGAUUCUCUCACUAUAUUAAUUUUUAAAAUGUAUAUUAAUAAUUCGAUCAUGCCAAAAUUAGUUUCUUUCUUCUUUUCAUAUAAACGUAAAAAAUUGACAGUCUCGCUCUGAGUUAUUUCUAGUCAUUUUUUUAAAUCGAUAAACUGUAAACAAAGAAUUAUCAUAAUCUUAUUUUAAUCCAAUGUAUCACUGCAUACAUGAGGCGAGUACAGUUUAUUGGUAUACGAUAAACGCCUUUUAACGGCCGUUAUGAGAAUAUUUGGAUCACAAAAAGAUUUUUCCUGUUUAUUGAUGAGUAUUAACACAUCAUUUUGCCAUUGUUUUGAUAUUUUAUGAUAUCCAGAAUUCUCCUUUGAGCAUCUUUGAGUAUUAUUUUACUCACCAUUCUAAAGUAUGAAGACGUAGGCAUAUAAAAAAUAAAGAUUUAAAAAAAUACGAAAUACUAUAUUAGUGUUCCAGUACUGAACGAAUUAAUUUUCUAUAUGCGACUUUCUGACCUAAAAUUAAAGUAUUAAUUGAUUUUAAAUCAUGAAAAUUCUCAAUUACAUUUUUCAUCUUGCUUAGUUAGUUUUAAACUAGUUUGAAGAGAUCGUUAACCAUUGUUUUAAAGUAUAAAAAUCAAACCGUGUAUAUGUUUCCUUUCAGUUAUAAAAUUAAUAAGUUUAACCAAGUUCUCAUUUCAUGAGUGCGCUUAACUUCGAAACCGAAACUAUUAUGGAUGAGGAAAUCUAGUUUUAAUAAAUUUUUUUUUCUGUAUUAUAGCCAGCGACGAAGUCAUGUAUCAUAUUUCUUUGUUAUGCGUUUGUAAGAUGUUUUGUGGUGUAUAUUUUGUGUAGUGUAUAAUGAACCAAAUGUUUCCAAAUCGUACAAGUCAACGAGGCAAAACAAAGGGGCCAAAAUUAAUUUUGCGUCGACUCCGUCCAAAGUGCCUUUCCUUGGAUAUAUUCUUAUUAUAAAUAAUAAUAAAAUCUAUAUGUACAAAUGUAUUAUUAUUAAUAGAUAGUUUAUUGUAAAUGUAAGGAACAAAGAAUAACCUGAUUCUAGUCCAGGUUCGUCAAAUUAUUACCAGACUGGAAUAUGUUGAUGAGGUAUAAGAUACCUCCAUGUUCCAUACAGCUGUUGGCUGUUAGGGUUAACCUUCCCAUUCAUUGUAUAGAAUUUUAAGUAUUUAGUGUUUAAUAAGAGGCCUCUGUAAAUGUGCACAUUGCCUCUCUAACUGCACCUUAUCGAGUCAGUAGUAAAAAGACUUCAUUCAGCUAGGCCAACCAAAGAUGGUAGUUAGUUAUUGUGAUAAUUAUAUCUUCUAUUUUCUAUAUAUCAAUAAUGUUUUUACUUCAAAUCAAUAAUUAAUUUAUUUUAAAAAUAUAUAUAAAGUGAUUUGUUAAAACUUUUCAAAAGAAUUCUUGUAUAAAUUCAUGUUUACAUUUAUGUAAUUAAACAAAGUAAAUUGGUAACACAAUUGAGUUUUCUCCUCUCAUGCACAUAUGUAUCUUGUGCUAGUUACCAAUCAAUGGUCCAAUUACAGAAGUGUAAACCAGCCUUUAAUGUAGUUAUUAUUUACUUUGAAUGUGAAAUUUUGAAGUAGAUCAGUUCAGAGCUUAAAGCAUUUUACACUAUUAAGUACGAUGACAAUAUUUUUACAAAUAUAUUCAUUCCUUAUUUAUCU